GCACGCUGCAAUAAAAUCGAAUCUGUUCAUAUUGGUGAGUAGGAGUAGAGGGGAGAGUGUGUGAGGUGCAUUUGUACUGGGCCUUUAAAUGGAUUUUGCAUCCGGAGCAGCUUCUCCUUAUCCCCGGACAGACACAGGUCAGUGUCCCACCGAUAACAAACCUUCUAUAACGGGUUUGUUUACACGAGCUAACAGGUGCAGUGCUGCUGCUGGCCUUCAGUUCACUAUGGCCCAGAACCAGGUGAUCCUGCAGUUUCGAUUCGCCACGUUUGGGGACUCCAUGCUGCAGAAGAUGAACCUCUUACGACACCAGAGACGCUUCUGUGAUGUCACUGUGCGCAUCAACCAGCUGGAGGUCCCUGGUCAUAAAGUGGUUUUUGCUGCUGGCUCUUCUUUUUUGAGAGACCAGUUCAUCCUUCAGCAGGACUCCAGGGAGGUCCAGAUCUCCAUGAUCCAGGAGGCAGAGGUGGGCCGGCAGCUGCUGCUGUCCUGUUACACAGGCCAGCUGGAGUUUCCAGAGCUGGAGCUGGUGCAUUACCUAACAGUGGCCAGCUUCCUUCAAAUGGGCCACAUUGUGGAGCAGUGCACGCAGGCCCUCAGCAAGUUCAUUAAACCUCAGGCUGCACGCCAGCUGGAGGUAAAUGUGGAUAUGAGGAAGGAGAAGAAGGAGGAGGGAUUAUCCUCCCAGGCCCAGAGAGAGCAGGAGCGCUCUCAGGUGCGGACUGUCCAUCAGGAGGAGGAGGAGGAGGUGGAGCAGGUUGAGGACGACAACAAUGGUGAUGAUGAUGAUGAUGAUGACGACGACGACGACGAUGACGAUGAUGAUGUCAUUAUACAGCCUAAGUCCCCUCUCCAGAUUUUGAGCAGACGCCCAAGGCAGGGUGCAGUGGAGAAUGACAUCACUAUAGUAAAGGUGGAGUCUGUGUCUGAUGUAGCAGAAAAUUCCAUCACCGGUCACUUCCCCACCAGCCCUCCUGCUGCCCUCCACUCGCCAGAGCCCCAGCAUUCGCUCAUCAACUCCACUGUGGACAGUCGCAGCAGUGAGAUGCCGGUUCCACCUGGCAUGGCCGGAUACCCGCUCACCCCGCCUCCACCGUCCCCUCCUGCAGAGAAACACAGCGCACACCAGAGGAACUAUGACAAGCCUCUGCAGUGGUACCACCAGUGCCCAAAGUGCGCCCGGGUCUUCCGUCAGCUGGAGAACUAUGCCAACCACCUCAAAAUGCACAAACUCUUCAUGUGCCUCCUGUGCGGAAAGACUUUCACACAAAAAGGCAAUCUGCACCGACACAUGCGCGUCCACGCUGGCAUCAAGCCCUUCCAGUGUAAAAUCUGUGGUAAGACCUUCACACAGAAGUGCUCUUUGCUGGAUCACCUUAACCUGCACAGUGGGGACAAGCCCCACCGCUGCAACUACUGUGACAUGGUGUUUGCUCAUAAGCCGGUUCUUCGCAAGCACCUUAAACAGAUCCACGGGAAGAACAGCUUUGACAACGCAAAUGAAGGCAACCUGCACGAAGGGGGGCUUGACUUUGACUUUGGACGAAUAUGAAAUCUGUGGACCAUUUUUUAGAAGAUAUAUACCAUCAGUUAUUUAAAUGGGCAUGAUGCAGAUUUUCUCUCAGAUGGGACAUUACUCAAAUGAGUCAUCGUAAAUGUAACAGUUAAAGAAACUGACACAGUUUAUGUGAAGCCAGAGCAUGAAGCCAAUGAUUGCAUUAUAAAGUGAGUGAAUGUGAUGGCUGGUUUCAGUGUCAGCCUCAUUUUGAUGGCUUAAACUGGACAACAUAAACAUGAAAGGUGAAGCUUUCCUGCUCUUCAUUUCAUUGUAGCUUCAUUACUGUGGACUAUUUUUUUUAUUUUUUAUACAAUACAUUGUAGAUGCCUUCAUAUCAUACUUGAAAAUUCAGCACUGAACCACAAAACAUAAUGACUGUACAUCAUUAGUUUUAUUGAUGAAUUAACAUGUCUUUGUGUCUGAUGUGUCCAAUGAAAAAAAACAUUGCAGAAUGAAAAAUAUUCAUUUGUAUAUUGUGUAUACAGUCUACUGUAGGCUCUCUGUCUUACCUGUGUGAAUAUGACAACAUCGACGUCAUAAGUCAAAGAAACUUGAAAGAGGGUGGGUAUAAAAAUACUUAAUUGAAGGCAAGCUACACCAGUGACAAAUAGGAUGCCAAAGUGUUUUGUGAACUGAAAUGGUUCUUUUAUACAGACUUUAUAUCUGAGGUACUAUUGGACCAAAGUGACAAUGUAUCUGUCCUGUGUUCAUGAAAGUCAGUGUGUGUUGUGAAAUUAAAACCUGACUCUUAGCCAA